AUGGCGGGCAGCGUGGGGAGGCGGGAGCCGCACCGGCCCGGCUCCUUCAACCUGCCCAAGAAGCCGCACAAGGCGGGGCGGCACCGCAGCAAAGGCGCGGUGGAGCGGGCGAGCAGAGGGAGAGUUGAUGUGAAGGUCAUCAGCAAGAAAGCAAAGAAGGAGCAGAAGAAACAUGACCGGAGACACCAUGCUAGCCAGCGGCGGCAGCAGAGCAAGGAGGCGGUGCUGACAGAGAAGAGGAGUCUGGGCAGCAGAGAUGGCCCACCCCACCUGGUGGCUGUGAUCCCCCUGCACGGUGGCACCAGUGCCCAGGAUGCCCUGAGGCUGAUUCGGAGCGAUGAGACAGUGAGCGUGUUUGACAGUGAUGGAAGUGGCGAGCGCUUUGGGUUGGUUUCCCCCAGGUUCAAGCGGAGGUUUUAUUUCAUCCGAGUGAAUGCAGGUGAUAUUCAUGCAGUUCUUGACCUGGCCAAGGUAGCAGACACGCUGAUGUUUGUACUGGAUCCGUAUGAGGGAUGGGACAGUUACGGGGACUUCUGUCUCACUUGCCUACUUGCCCAGGGCUUCCCCAGCCAUGUGUUUGUGGUUCAGGGAGUUAACAACCUUCCCAUCAAGAAGCGAGCAGAUGCCAAGAGGAACCUGAGCAAGGUGUUGGAGCGCCGGUUCCUCGAUGCCAAACCCUUUCACCUGGACACAGAGCAGGAGGCCACACUAGUCAUCAGACACGUAGCCAUGCAGAAGCAGAGGCACCUGUCUUUUCGAGACCGUCGCUCCUAUUUACUGGCUCAGCACGUGGCCUUUGAAGCCAGUGAGGACAGCGGCCUCAUGGGAACACUGAAGGUGACCGGUUACGUCCGGGGGCAGACCCUGGAUGUCAAUAAACUGGUGCACAUUGUAGGACACGGGGACUUCCAGAUGAGCCAGAUCGAUGGGCCACCUGACCCCAUGCCCCUGAACCCCAAGAUUACAAAGAAAACACCGGGUGCUGAGGUGAGGGAGCCUGCUGCUGAGAUGGAAGAAGAAGUGAAAGUUCUCAUGAAAGCAGACUGCAGCAAGCAGGAGUCGCUGGAGUCAGAGGUGGUUCCUGACCCAAUGGAAGGGGAGCAGACCUGGCCAACGGAAGAGGAGCUGAGAGAGGCUGAUGAUGCAUUAAAAGAAAGCAGGAAGAUUGUUCGGAGGGUCCCAAAAGGCACAUCGGACUACCAGGCUGCCUGGAUUUUGGAUGAUGAGGAAGGGGUGGAUGAGGAGGAAGAAAGUGAUGGUGAGGUGGAGGAGCAAGACCUGAUGGGAGAGGCUAUGUCACAGGUCAGCGACGAGAGUAACGAUGAGGGAGAGGCUGUGGAGGAGUGCGAAACUAUGACUUUGCCCGAAAGUGUCCCUGAUGAUAAUUAUGAUGAGAAGAUUGACGAGGCUGAGGAGAGGGAGAUGCUGGAAAAGUACAAACAGGAGCGGAUGGAUGAAAUGUUCCCGGAUGAAGUGGACACUCCAAAAGAUGUACCAGCUAGAGUCAGGUUUCAGAAGUACAGAGGUCUGAAGAGUUUCCGGGCAUCUCCGUGGGACCCCAAGGAGAAUUUGCCCCGAGAUUAUGCCAGAAUAUUCCAGUUCCAGAACUUUACCCGAACGAGGAGACGAAUCUUCAGUGAGCUGAGCGAGGAGCAGGAAGGUGCAAUGCCCGGAUGGUAUGUCACAGUUCACAUCUGCAACGUGCCACUGUCAGUGAUGGAGAGUUUCAAGUCACAGACACCCCUGGUCCUCUUCACCCUGCUGCCCCAUGAACAGAAGAUGUCAGUUGUUCAUUUCUUGCUCAGGAGACAUGCAAGCAACAGCGAGCCUGUCAAAUCGAAGGAGGAGAUGGUCUUCCACUGUGGCUGCAGGCGAUUCCGGGCUCCUCCGCUCUAUUCACAGCACACGGCAGCCAACAAGUUCAAGUAUGAGUGGUUUCUGCGUCCCAAUACCACGGUGGUGGGCACGGUGUACUGCCCAAUAACAUUUCCCCCAGCAUCCGUUCUGAUGUUCAGGCAAAGAGCCAACGGUAUGCAGGACCUGAUAGCCACGGGAUCUCUGCUGAAGGUUGACCCUGACCGAGUGAUUGUGAAGCGAAUUACCUUGAGUGGCCACCCAUUCAAGAUCAUGACCAAAACCUCGGUGGUUCGAUACAUGUUCUUCAACCGUGAUGACGUGCUGUGGUUCAAGCCGGUGGAGCUCCGUACAAAGUGGGGUCGCAGAGGUCAUAUCAAGGAACCUUUAGGGACUCACGGACACAUGAAGUGUUUGUUCGAUGGUCAGCUCAAAUCCCAGGACACAGUGCUGAUGAACUUGUACAAGAGGGUCUUCCCACCCUGGGCAUACGAUCCGCACGUUCCCGAUCCGGUGCCGUGGGAGAAGUCCGAAGAUGGUGUUAGUGUGCAGGAGGUGACGAUGGACUAGAGUGAGCAGCAGGAUUUUGGAGUUGGUGCCUUCAUAUUAAAAUGUGCCAGUUCAACAACU